AUGAUCAACGCGCUAUUGGAUCUCAUUUGUACCUUUUCACGCGGGGUCGAUUCCCACGCUCUAACCUUCGCCUUCAAUAAGACUGUCUCCGCCGUUUCGUUUGUAAACAAGGCUUCAUGGACUCGGACUGGGCUACCCGGACAGGCGUCCGUCAACACCAAGAUCCCAGGAUACAACUUUAUGCUGUCUGGUAGCCCCAUCUCAUGGCAGUCUUUGCGACGGAAUGCUGUGACGAUGUCCUCGACGGAAGCCGAGAAGCCGACUAUAUGGGGAAGCUGUGAGGAGGCAAGCCGAAACCAAAUCAAGAAGAAUGUAGUUGGUCAAAAAUGA